UUUUUUAGGUAUGAAGUAAGCCAGUCGAUUAGAGGUGGUUUGAUACCUAGUCGUUUGAGCUUGUUGAUAAGACACAAGUGGUUAACCUUAUCAAAAGCUUUUGAGAAAUCAAGGUAAAUGACAUCAACCUUUCCCUUGCAAUCGAGGAUGCUUGUCCAUCUGUCCACCGCAGUCAGCAGGUUGGUUAUACAAGAGUAACCCUUCCUGAAACCACGCUGUUGGGGUGAGAAGAAAUUUAAGGACAGUAGGUAGUCGUUUAAACCGUCGCAUAUCAGGGACUCCAUGAGUUUUGAAGGUAAUGACAGAAGAGCCACCGGCCGAUAACUUGAAGGUUCAUUGCGUCGACCACCUUUGAAAAUUGGUGUGAUGUGAGCCAACUUCCAAUUUUCCGGUAAUUUGCCUCGGCUAAGCGAGUGUGAAAACAUCACGCUAAGCGGCGUUGCCAGGAUUGAGGCUGCCUCCCUCAGUAUGGCAGGAUGAACCAUAUCCGGGCCAGGAGAAGUGUCAAGUCUUAAGUGCUGCAGUUUCCGGAACACCAAGUCAGCGCUUAGGUCCACUUCAGAAAGUCCUGUGGAAUUGCAGAUGAAACUGUCGUCAAUAAAGUUGAUGUCAGCCGGUUGAAAUGUUUGAGAGUAAUGUGCCGCCAGAAGGUUAGCGGCGUCGCCAUCAUUGUUGGUCGGGCCGUUAAGACCUAGCAGUUGAGAAACUCCUGUUUUGGCUUGACGAAGAGAGGCUGCGUAACGGAAUAGGCUUCUAGGGUUAGAGGCGAAUUUGUCCAUAAGCUUUGUUUGGUACUGAAGCCUGUCUUCUCUUAUAGCCUUCGUGCAUAUGUUCCUGAUAUGUUUAUAUUGCCUAUACGCUCCAUCGUUAUUAGUUCGUUUGUAUUCCGCCCAACAGUGUCUUUUGCGGCUUAGCAGGCGAAGGGUACGGUUCUUGAUUACUGUAGGUGGCUUGCAGCUUUUGGGAACCGUUUGAGGAACUGAAUGGUCUGUAGCACAUAAGAGCGUGUGCAGUAAGAAGUCCCAAUGACCAUCCACAUCGAGUUGAGGGUGAACAUCCCAAACCACCUGUUGUAGAUAGUCAUGUAGAGCUGGCACAUUCAGCCGUUUAAAAUUCCAACGCAAAUUAUUGUUGGGAUACCUUAGCUUAGUUUUGAUGACAAAACUGAAGGCUAUGACGGCAUGAUCACUCUUUCCCAGAGGAGCCAGGAUUGAGAGGUUGUCGACUAGGAAUUCUUCGUUUGUGAAUACACAGUCUAAGCGCGAUGGUGUCUGACUGUUUCUCCAACGAGUUGCCGACCUCACAUUUUCAUAUAAGUCCAAGUUAUCGAUGAGGUUGAAGAACCGAGCUUCAGUUGAGUUGUCGCCUCCAGUGUACGUGUGUUCCGCGAAGUUGACUCUAGGGAGAUUAAAGUCCCCUAGAAUCAGGAUGUGUGUAAAACCGAAACGAGUAGAGCGGGAUAGCCCUUCCAGCAUACGACUAUCGUACUCGGUGUCGGCAGUUGGCUUCCUGUAAAUGACUCCGACUAGACACAUCGAAGUACUAGACAAUCUUACAGAGCACCAUAUGGAUUCCUCAAGGUUGUUAAACUCGAGGUUGUGAACCUGGUGCACCUCCAAGCAAGAGCUUAUGUAUAUGGCUACUCCGCCCCCAAUUCCUAUUUUUCUGUCGUUGCGGAACAAAGAAAUCCCAGGUAGUGCUAACUCUUGGUCCGAGAACUGAGAAGAUAUCCAGGUUUCAGAUAUUCCUAUCAGAUGGGCCUUAUUAGCGUUGCUAAGUUCACGUAGUUCAUCCAGUUUGUUUGGUAGACUCGCGGCGUUCAUAUAUAAGCAGUUUAUGCUUUCAAUUUGGAACGCGUGAGCUUCGUCCUGUUCGUCUGUAUGAGCCUUACGUGAAUGGACAGGUAGCCCACCUAUAUGAGGUUUGCCGAGGUGGUAGGCCCUGUCUUUUACACGUUUUUUUAUCGUUUAGACAGUCCACAAGUGGAAUGGUCAGCUCCAACUUGCCUUUGUUCUUGGUCCUGACUUCGUAUGGCCUAUCCGAGUGUAUGUGGAUUUGACUUAUGCCUACAGUGAUUCGAGAAGAACAUCAAGCCAGGUCUCCCGGUGGUAGACUUGUGGAAACGGCUAAAUAUUCCUUAAUUUUCAAAUAAAUUUUGAUAUUAUUUCUAGCUUUAGUAGUUAGUCGAUAACACACACGUCGACUUCCUAAUGAUGUUAGGUGAUAUCAAUCAAAGUGGGUAGCACUGACUCAGGUGUGGCAGCUCUCUGAAUUUUUUGAAACAUGAGGUGUUUUAUAUUAUUAAAUUCUUGUUUCGAGGUCUUCAUUUGUGGGAUAUCCCUCGGUUUUAGAGUUUCACUGAGAUUACUAUUCUUUUUUGUCCUUCGUCAAUACUCCUAAAGGCUUCACAGUCCCAUGACCUUUCCAAACUGAAGAUCAAUGUGAUUUUCAUCUUGAAGGUUUUCUCUCCCGCCUUACUGAUGAGGUUUGACAACUUAGACUUUUAUGUAUUUAAGCCAGGUUCUACGUUACCGUUAACUAUAUAUGAGCAAUAACAGUCCACUUUUUUUUUAAAUUGUGUUUUCCAUUUCACUUUCCCAUUUUCUAACAAACGACUUUUUAGUUGCAUCAUUAAAUGACUCGAUCCAAUUAUUAUGACGAGAUUUCAUAUUUAAUAACACGGAUCCAUGAAUGCAGAGAAAGGCGCAUGGAACUGAUGAAAGCAUAUGCUCUAAUUCAACAUACUGACUCUUCUGGGAAGAAUUCACUUUCAAGCAAAAUGAUUCAAUAUAACAUAAAUUUGAAAAGAAUAGAUGAAAACAUAAGAAAAGUGGAAAGAAGACAUGAAGUUCUGAAAUGUCAGUUCGAAAAAAUUAAACAAAAUGCUAAAGAAGAAUCAAUGUUGGAUGUGAAUAAAAUGUUGAAUCAUUCGUUUAAUAACCAAGAACUUCAACAGGUAAUUAAAAGAACAAAACAAAUUUUAGAUGCACAAGAAAUAACGUUGAAAUCUAUAUCAUUUAACAACAACGAUGACGAUGAAUAUGAUAGUGUUGAUAACAACAUAAAACAUGAAGAAUCAUACAAAUUAUCGUUUAUUAACCAAACCAGGAUCGAAACACCACAGAAAGAUGGUGAUUAUAACAAGGAAGAAAAUGACAAAGAGCUAGGGGAAGAUGAAGAGGAGAAAGAAUUGGGACAAAAAAGGCAAAUCAGGGAGAUAACAGAUGGUGUUGAAUCGUCGAAUCAAGUUGUCCAUAAAAUUAGAUCUCCAAUAUUUUCGGAAGAUCCAAAUUAUUCAUCUGAUGAUUUUUAUAAACAAUCUAGAUUGUUUGAUUCAAAUAUUUUAUUGAACAAUCAUAGUAAUGACGUGAAAUCUAACGAGAAUAAUAAUUCGCAACAUAUGGUCAUAGAAGAAGGAGAAGAGAAAGAAGGCGAAGAAGAGGAAGAUGAUGAUACUCAAGAAACAGAAGAUGAAGACAAUGUAGAAUUAAAAUGUGAAAAUGUUUAUUCAACAGAUCUAAAUAAAAAGGGAAUAAUUCAAAAAGGUCAAACUUAUGAAGCAUUUUUAGCAAAAGCAACAUUCAGCAUUGAAGAUUCAACUUAUGAUCCAGUUAAUGAGUCCAAUGAACAUGAAUCUGAAUAUGAUUCAAAAAUAUUAAAAAAUAAUGUAAAUAUAAAUGAAGAUAUGAGAGCAUCAAAUAAGUUAUUUGAUUCAACAAAUGCUAAUCUACUUUCAUCAUGGACAACAUAUAAAACAGAAGACUUAGAGGAUGACAGUUUCUAUGAUUGA